GACGAGGUGGGGCCAAGUCCGCCCCACUUUGCCAAGCGAAGGGGAAGAAAGAAAAGCCUCCGCCGGGCUCGCCUAGGUUUUGCCAUGGCCUGCCUCUUCUCCCUGGCACUCGGGUUCCUCGCCUUGGUCAUCAUGGCCCUCCUGGUCAAGCGCUGGAUCCGAGCAGAUGCUGACUUGACCUUGCUGUGGGCCGAAUGGAGGGGCAAGAAGCCCGAGAAGGUGCUCCCUGGGAAGGUGGUCUGGGUGACUGGUGCAUCCAGCGGCAUCGGAGAAGAGCUGUCUUACCAGCUUGCCAAGAUUGGGUCGCCGCUCGCCCUCUCGGCAAGAAGGGAGAACGAACUGGAGCGGGUGAAGAAGAAGUGCCUGGAGAUCAGCAGCCUAAGUGACAAAGAUAUCCUCAUUGUGCCGCUGGAUUUGACAAAUAGGAGCACCCAUGAAUCUGCAACGCAAAGCGUCCUGAAACAUUUUGGAAAGAUUGAUAUCUUGGUGAACAACGGCGGACGUUCCCAGCGCUCCCUCUUUGUGGAUACGAGCAUCGAUGUCUACAACGCUAUCAUGGAACUCAACUACCUGGGCACCAUCUCCCUUACGAAGUAUGUCCUGGACCACAUGAUACAGAGGAAAACAGGGAAGAUUGUCACUAUGAACAGCGUGAUGGGCAUCAUGGGAGCUCCCUUGGCUACUGGCUAUUGUGCCAGCAAACAUGCUCUGCAGGGUUUCUUUAAUUCUCUUCGGCCUGAGGUUGCAGAGUACCCUGAAAUAAGUAUAAUUAACCUCUGCCCGGGGCCGGUCCAAUCCCAGAUCAUACAAAAUGUCUUUACUGAAGACAUCUCAAAGGUGAAUGCCAACGUUGGGGAUCAGUCUCACAAAAUGGCAACUGACCGCUGUGUUCGGCUAGGUCUGGUUAGCAUGGCAAACGAUAUAAAGGAAGCCUGGAUCAGCGACAACCCAUACCUGGCAGUAUGUUACCUCUGGCAGUAUGCUCCUACCUGGGCCUGGUGGCUGCUGAACCGCAUUGGAAAGACCAGGAUAAAGAAUUUUAAGAGCGGAGUGGACGCUGACGUUUCUUACUACAAAAAGUCUUCCUAAGAAGAUGCGUGUUUUUAACCUUUCUUCACAACUACGCCUGCAAAUGGAAGAAAUCAGAGAAGAUUGAGAUAUGGUGUUUUUAAAUAGCUACUUAAACUGUAACGUAGAACCUGAGUUAAUUUCUGUGACUCAAAAAGACAUUAGCCGCAAGCGUAGAAAUGUAUUCCUUUAACAUGGUGCUAUAUUCUAUUGCUUAUAUGUUAUCUUAGUAUUAGGAUGACUAUUCUUUCCCCCAGCAUCUUUUUACAAUGCCUUAAAGCCUUUAGACCAGGCAUUGGCAAACUUUGGCCCUCCAGAUGUUUUGGACUUCAACUCCCACAAUUGUGGGAGUUGAAGUCCAAAACACCUGGAGGGCCAAAGUUUGCCAAUGCCUGCUUUAGACUAUCCUUUCCUAGAACCCACUGAAUUCAAUGGGGCUUGCUUCUGAGUAGAGACAUAUUCUCACUAUCUACCUUGCUCUAUCUGGAGCUCUCAGGGCAGUUUUUAUUACUAUUUGUAGGAGACGCACGCUUACAUCUACUACCUCUAGAAGGAUUAUUCUGUGACACCGUGAGAGUACCAUUGAUGCCUUCUUACCAGCCUCAAGUGGGAACGUUCUCCUAUGUGUUGACAAGAGUAAAACCUCCAAACUUUCGUUCUGUGUCAGGGAUCUGAAAUGUAACCCACAGAUCCCAGCCAUUUCAGAGGUCCAUGGGCUUUUCUUGGGCUUACUUACUUAGGGGAUCCCUCGUUGGCCGAGUAGGAUAGUCUUCCAGGAUCAGAAUUGUUGUGGGUCCGCAGGUGGCUGUGGAGCCCUAUUCUUGACCUGCAUCAUCUCCCGCAGUGAGGGCAUUGGUUUCCAGGUGGAAGGAGGUCCCGGCUUGACGCGCCUUCCUCUUGGCACGUUUCUCUCUUUUACCCUCCAUUCGUGCCUCUUCAAAUUCUGCAGCACUGCUGGUCACAGAUGACCUCCAGCUGGAGUGCUCAAAACAGGGCUUCCCAGUUCUCAGUGUCUAUGCCAGAGUGUUUAAGGUUGGCUUUGAGACAAUCUAUAAUCUCUUUUCCUGCCCACCAACAUUCCGUUUUCCGUUCUUGAGUUCAGAGUAGAGCAACUGCUUUGGGAGACGGUGGUCAGGCAUCUGAACAACAUGAGUUGAUGGCGGAGGACCAUUGCUUCAAUGCUGGUGGUCUUUGCUUCUUCCAGCACGCUGACGUUUGUCCGCCUGUCUUCCCAAGAGAUUUGCAGGAUUUUCUUGGGCACCUACUCAUUAUCAGGUCAAGUUUAUGUGUGUGUGAGUUUUGAGGGGGAGAGGGUCAAUUGCCAUUACAGGAAGCCUCCAAAAGUAGAGAUCUGGCCAGAAAACAAAUCCCAAAAUAUUCAAAGAUAGAUCAGCACGUAACGUCUGAGAGGGAAAGAAGCUGGUAGCCUGAGCUUUCAUAGACUUAAGUCCCCUUCCUCAGAAUAAAACAAGGAGGGUGACGGGCUGAGGUCUUAGAAUCAUAGAAUUGGGUUGGAAGAGACCUCGUGGACUACUCAGUCCAACCCCCGCCAAGAAGCAGGAAAAUUGCAUUUAAAAUAUCAGUCUUAAAAAGUCUAUCAGUCCCAAAGGUACUUUAAGAUCCUUCUGCUUAUUCCAAACUGAACAGAAAGUGAACUUCCAGCUUUGGGUUUUCCCCAUUUUCAAUCUUUCCAGGCAUAGUGCAGUCUAGGUGGGUCCUCAGAGCCCAAAAUUGGGGUGUUGCUUAUCAUUUUUCUGUGUGGAAAAUACUAAAGGGACAAGCAAUCCUAAUACCUCCAUCCCUUCAACCUACUCUACACCAAGCAGUAGGAAAUUUCUCAAAUCACAGAGUGUGUUAUACAUCCAAAAUUUGUUUUACAAAAUUUCUUUUAUGCCGCUAAUGAAAACGCAUUUGCCUUCAUUACUUGUCAAUAGGACACCUAGCUAAUAUUAUUUGAUUGGCAUCUAAGUGGAAGGUUGAGAUGGCAAAAUACUGGAAGCUAUAGACAGUUUAUUGUCGAAGACUUUUAUGGCCGGAAUCACUGGGUUGUUGUAGGUUAUUCAGGCUAUAUGGCCAUGUUCUAGAAGCAUUCUCUCCUGACGUUUCACCUGCAUCUAUGGCAGGCAUCCUCACAACCUCUGAGGAUGCCCGACAUAGAUGCAGGCAAAAUGUCAGGAGAGAAUGCUUCUAGAACAUGGCCAUAUAGCCCGAAAAACCUACAACAACCUAUGGACAGUUUGAUUAACAAACUGGUAAUAAUGAAAUGCUUUCCCAGAGAGUUCUUUCAGCAAAUACAGGGGGGAAAUAACAAAUUAUUUUUUUCCCUCCAGAAAAAAAUAAAUGCAUCCUGCAUAUGGGAAUUGAAAUCCCAAUCUGAAUUUUAUCUCUAAAUAGCACAAUUGUGAAACAAAUCUUUCCACUUAUCAACCUUACUGUACCAGAUAGACUGCUUUUCCCAAACUACUAGCGUCCAGUUUGCUGUAUUUAAUAAAAAAUCUCUGUUUUUGUAA